AUGGAGUCAUCCUCAAGAUCAUGGAAAGAUCAAGAUCCAACUACCGCUCCAGGUCCAUUAGGAACACGAUUAGACGACUCACCAACUAGCCUUGAAAUUCAGCUGGUCGUUCCCGGAAUUCGCGCAAAAUCGUUUUAUCGCGCUUCGAACACCGAUGUUCACAUUAAAAGUGAUCCAUUUAGUAUGAGCUGCACUGUGGAAAUUGUGAAAGUCGACAAAAAGAAGCGACCACCGGAGAAAUCGAUUCUGGAUCGCCGCUAUUAUAAAAUCGAGCGAUUUCCCGGCGAAAUUGCCGAUAUUUCAUUUAAACUGAAGAAGAAUUGCUGUGUGCUGACAGUAAAGAAAAAAUCGCCGCAAUCGUGGGAAAACCAAUUAUCGCAAUUUGGUAUGACAUAA